AUGAACAACCAUGCCAAUGCUAAUGGGGGAUUCGGGAAUCAAAAUGGAGAUGAAAAUCAGACAACUGCUCCAACAUGCUCCAAGGCCCUGGGACGUGACAUUCAUGAUGCCAAGAAGACAACUGUCUAUGAACCUGCCUUACCACUCCCUCCAUAUCCGCUGCUGCUGGUCUGGGAAGACGAGAUGCGCGUGAUGAUGGUGCUAUGGAUUGCAAGGGAACGCCAAAUGUUUGAAAUGGAGAUGCAGGAGCUUGAAUAUCUCCUGGGAUUCAGAUUUUCUUCCGAAAAAAAUUCUGCACAGGAAGUGAGCGGGUGCAUUGUACACAAGCACCUGCAGGCCUACGCCACGAAGUCCAUGGAUUCAUCUUGGCGAGACCAGGAAAAGCAAUCAGGAGGAUUGAUCCGACAAUAA